CUGUCACUCAACAACCCAACAUGCGCGGGGUAACCACCAAGUCGGGCUGACGGAGUACAACUCUGCAUUUAUAUCCCCCUGAACGCCAGUCAACACAUGCAUUUUUCAUGAGGUAAUCUGACUCUCGUGUUUAUGCAAGGAUCUGUUACGCAGCAUGCUCCCCUUAAGGCCCCGGCUUAGCCAAUACCAUCCGGCAACUGUAUUAAAACUUGCCGUGCCUCAGCUCCGAAGAUUUCACCUCCAGCCCUGUUCUCUCUUUCUCUCCAAGCAUGCUGGUACCCAGGUUUCGGAUAUCCACAAGAGUUUAAAAAUAUAAGCGCCGAGACACGACACAUGUGCGUCUCAAAAUGAGCGAUCUUAGCCAUGACCUGCCCGUGUCCAUGACAAUGGCCGCUUUUACGGGAAUCUCAUGGUACAUCGGGGUUGAGAUCAACACGUCCUUAUUCCUACUCUUCAAGCGACGUCGCGGAUUAUACUUUUGGUCAUGCGCACUCGUCUCCUGGGCUGUUAUCCUGCAACCUCUUUUCAUUAUCCUUGCCGACUUCGGCGUAUGGACAGACCUCGCAGCAUCCGUAGCCAUGAUUUACCUGACAUGGUUGAUCAUGGUCAUCCCCCAAAGCUGGGUCCUAUACUCGCGACUUCAUCUGCUCCUGCGCAACGCAAAGACCCUAAGGGCUAUCAAGUUCAUCCUCAUAUUUAACUCUAUUGGAUUUUCAAUCCCGACCAUCGUGAUCGGUACCGUUGCUCAAUCUACGACGGCAAACCCGAACCUCGACUCCGUCAAUCUCAUCUGGGACCGUGUGCAGCUCGUCGUCUUCUUCGUCCAGGAGACUACCCUCAGCAUUCUCUACAUAUUUCAGACACAGAAAUUCCUCCGCGGACGCGCCCCACUGCGUGAGCGCGCCUGGUCCACGUCAUCUGCCGUUCAGGGUAGUGAUCGGGCGCAAUUAAACGAGCAGAAAGCAGUGCUAUGGCAGCUUAUAUACGCCAACACUCUUAUUAUUGCGCUGGACAUCACGCUCCUCGGGAUCCAGUGUGCCGAUUUAUUCCAACUGCAGGGAGCAUUCAAACCCUGCGUGUACGGCAUCAAGCUUAAAGUCGAAUUUGUCAUCUUAAAUCGCCUGAGAGAGAUUAUCCAGAAGCCUACCGGUCGGGAAAUAUAUCUCGGGAGUGAGCCUGAGAGUAGUAAUUCAACGGCCACCACGGGUUGGCACGGACAACGGUAUGUGGCACAAAAAGCCUCGCGUGGACCCUACUGAAGAGAAUUAUGGAGCACGGUUGGUAGAGUCCAACUGUAGAAAUGCAUGCGGGUAUCACAGUGGAGGAUCCGAUCUAUUGCCUUUAAGGUAGUUGUCAGUACGUGCACGUUGUGUUCAUGUCUCUCCUUCUUCUUUUGAUGAUCUCUAUACCUUUCUGCGCUGUGAUGUCUUACGCUAUGACCAUACGAUAUCAGAGAAGCGGUGUGAUUUUCUCG